AUGGCAUUUCUCUGCAUUCUUCUUUCAACAGCAUGGACUAUUAUCAAUGGCUUACCUCCUCCCAUGAGAUUUGCAACGGAUCCAGCCACAGUGAAUGCUAAUGCACAACGUUUUCUUGAACUAUAUGGACUCGCUACUGAAAUUAUGAACUUUGGCGGUUCAAUCAUUAAUAAUGCUAAAGGAACAUAUCGAGAAAAUAAUGAUAGGUAUGAGUUAUCAGGCAACAGCAUACUCGGUGAUGCGCUACGUUUUUUUGGGCCACGGCGAUAUAACGAAUAUGAUAUGGCACCUUAUAAGUCAACGGUACUGGGACCACAAUAUGGAAAUGGCUUUUUAGGAAUUGGUAAUACUAGAAACGUUCAAUCAACUCGUCAAAUUGGUCUUGAAGCACUUCUCGAUACUUUCCUUGGUCCGUCAUUAACAUUCACUUCAACAGCAUCACCAACGAAUUUCUUUUCGCCGGAAGUGGGAAGUCGAUCAAGCAUCGACGAUCUUAUUAACGCCUUGGUGCGGAGUGGUGCUAAACGGGUCACACCUGAUCCUUAUGAAGGUCGUAACAUUUUGUCGACUUUUUUCGGGAAGUGA